AUGGGGGUCAUAUCCAAGACCUUCGGCGUCGUCUUCAGUCUCCUGUUCGAGCAGGAGAUAAUGAGCUACGUGCCAGCGGGCGGUUGCGGCGCGGUCGGUGGACCGUCGCCGGCCGCGUCGCCCGCCGCAACGCGUACCACGCGUGCGCCCGCGCCGCAACGACGAGACUUCGAGGCGAAGCUGCGCGCCUUCUACCGCAAGCUAGAAAGCAAAGGCUACGGGCAAGGGCCUGGCAAACUCAAGCUUCACAUACGACGCGAACAUUUGCUUGAAGACGCGUUCAGGCGUAUCAUGUCUUGCGGCAAGAAGGAGUUACAGAAGGGGAAACUGUGUGUGCUCUGGGAGGGCGAGGAAGGCCUGGACUACGGCGGGCCGAGCCGGGAAUUCUUCUUUCUACUCUCCCGAGAGCUGUUCAACCCUUACUAUGGACUGUUCGAGUACUCCGCAAAUGACACUUAUACGGUGCACGUGUCCCCGAUGUCAGCGUUCGUUGACAAUCAUCAUGAGUGGUUUAGAUUUUCCGGUCGCGUUUUGGGUCUGGCGCUGGUGCACGGGUACCUGUUGGAGGCGUGGUUCACGCGGGCGCUGUACCGCGCGCUGCUGCGGCUGCCGCCCGCGCUGGAAGACGUCGACGCGCUCGACGCACAGUUCGCAGCCUCACUGCGCUGGUUGCAGGCGGCCCGGUGCGUGUCGUCGCUGGAGCUGACGUUCGCCGUGUCCGAGCGUCUGGCGGACGGGCGCGUGCUGGAGCGCGAGCUGAAGGCGGGCGGGCGCGACGUGGCCGUCACCGAGCGCAACAAGAAGGAGUACCUCGAGCGGGUGGUGCGCUGGCGCGUGGAGCGCGGCGUGGCCGACCAGACCGAGUGGCUGGUGCGCGGCUUCCACGAGGUGGUGGACCCACGUCUGGUGGCGGCGUUCGACGCGCGCGAGCUGGAACUGGUGAUAGCGGGCGCGCCGGAACUAGACGUGGCGGACUGGCGCACCAACACCGAGUACCGGGGCGGGUAUCAUGACGCGCAUCCGGUCAUCGUGUGGUUCUGGCAGGCGAUCGACAGGUUUAGCAACGAGCAGCGCCUGAGGCUAGUACAGUUCGUGACGGGAACUUCUUCUAUACCGUACGAAGGUUUCUCCGCGUUGCGAGGCUCCACGGGCCCCCGCCGCUUCUGCAUAGAGCGCUGGGGCCGCGUGGAAUCUCUGCCGCGGGCCCACACGUGUUUCAAUCGCCUCGAUCUGCCCCCCUACCCCACCCCGCAACUGCUACACGAGAAAUUACUGCUAGCCGUCGAGGAGACCAAUACCUUCGGCAUCGAGUGA